AUGGAUGCAGACUUCGCUCUAGAUUAUGCAGUUCGUAUGGGAGACUUGAAAAAAGUUAAAGAACUAGUCCAACAUUACGGUUUAUCAUAUUCAAAACGUUGGCUGGGAGGACAUGCACUUUUGUGCGAUGCACUCGAGUUCAGAAACAAUGCAGUUGCUAAAUAUCUGCUUAAUAUUGGAUGCAAGAUAAAAAUCAGUGAGAAGUAUCCAAGGAGUCCUCUGCAUUUAGCAGUUCACGGUGGAGAUGUCGAUAUUAUCGAAACCAUACUGGAUUGUGAAGCAGAUGUCGAUGUAGUCGAUGAAGAUGGUAAUACACCACUUCAUGUUGCUAUUGAAUACAGACAAGAAGAUGUAGUCGAGUUGCUUUUGAUGUACGCUAACCAAGAUUACAUACAAAUCUUGGUUUUGGUUGUACAAUACGGAGCUGUUGUGGAUCAACUUGAUGAUAAUGGUGAUACAGCUUUGCUCUUGGCUGUUGAACAAGGGUUUUACCAAAACGUUGAGUUCCUCAUAAAAUGUAAAGCAUCGAAAGACAUCCAGAGUAACCACAAUGCUUUCAAGCUUUCACUCAUCAAACAUAAUGAGGGCUAUCAAGAAAUAGCACAAAUAUUCCUCGACCACAGUUUUUACAUCAAACAAACAGAUGCAGAUGAUGCUGCACUACUACACGGCCUAGUGAAUAAUGGCUACUUUAAAAUAUUCCACGAUUUGAUGGACUAUGGAGCUUCUAUUGAUGCUAGAUAUGGAGGCCGUACUCUUCUACAUGCUGCAGUCAUAUCAAGCAGAAUGGACUUUAUAGAAUUUUUAGUCGGUCACAAAGCUGAUCUCAAUGCUCGUGAUAUUGAUGACAAAACCCCUUUACAUUUCCUUAUCGAUGAAAUCGUUGUCAGUCCACAUGCCAAUGAAAUCGCUCAAUUACUACUCACCAAUGGUGCUAAUGUAAAUGCACAAGACGAAGAUGGUAUCACGAUACUCCACAAAGCCUCAAACGGUAGAGACAAACAACUCCUGAAAACACUUUUAAAAUACAAUGCAGAUGUCAACAUUAAAACUAAAUAUGGAUCUACUGCCCUUCGUGAAGCUAUUUUAUAUGCUGAUGUAGAAACCGUGGAACUCCUGGUCCUGCACGGAGCUGAUCUUAAUGCCAAAGUCAAAAAUGGUGUAACCUAUUUACAUGUCAGCCUGGAAUACAGUCGAUUGGAGACAACCAAGUUUCUUCUGGAUCAUGGUGCUGAUGUCAAUGGAACUGAUAAUUAUGGUAACACAGCACUUCAUCUCGGGGCUAUUUUACCAGACUUGUCUGCGAUGGGUGAUGAUCACAUAGAAUUACUUCUUGACUAUGGUGCUGAUAUCAAUAUCAGGAAUGGAACCGAGAACACUGCUCUGGAAUGUGAUCCUGAAUGGGAAGAGCUAGGAUCCCUAACCCUAAAAUACCACACAAUCAAAUUACUGGAGGCGGGUUUAUACGUGAGUCCUCAGAACUUAGAAGUAGUGGCAACCUGGAUUAUAAAAGACGACAUAAUAAAAGAAUGCAGAGACGAUAUUAGAAGAAUGAAAAAAACGAAAAUUUCCAACACAAACAUUUCCUAUUACGACUUUUAUAUGAAAAGCAUUUCGUCCUUGGCGUCUUUGCUAAGAAACGAAAAAGUUGUGAGGGCAAUGAAGGGCAGAGGACAUGAAUUCAUGUUUCCUAUUUAUUACAAAAGCAUCGAAUACAAAUUCAGGAGAGCCCUUAUGAGGAGAGAUUUAGUUCAACAUUGUCAUAAAUUAUCGAACCUUUUUUUCCCCAAAUUGCCGCAUAAUUGUAUAGAGAAAAUUUUCGGUUAUUUAGGAAACUUGGAGAUGAAGUUCCUAAUUGCUGCUUGUGCAAGGCCUGAGAACAAUAUUUGA